CUUUAAUUUAUAUUAACCCCUUCACCUUCUCUCCUUCUUUCUUCAUCCUUCUCCAUCAUCAUCAACAACAUCUCUCCCUCUCUCUUUCUCUUCAAAUGUCUCAAAUCUCCAUAACUUCUCCAAAACAUUGCGCCAAGAAAGGAGGGAUCGACAUCAACAAUCGUCGCAAGAAACUCUUCUUCACAUUCUCAACUCUCUUCAGCGGCCUUCUCCUCAUCAUCUUUCUCAUCUGGCUCAUCCUCCACCCCGCGAAACCCGAGUUCUCCCUCACGGAAGCCGAUAUCUACACCCUCAAUCUCUCCUCCUCCGCCACUCACCUCCUCAACUCCUCAAUCCAACUCACACUCUUCUCCAAAAACCCUAACAAAAAAGUAGGAAUCUACUAUGAUAAGCUACUCGUAUACGCAGCAUACAGAGGACAACAAAUAACAUCAGAGGCUUCUCUACCACCUUUUUAUCAAUCCCACGAAGAAAUCAAUCUUUUGACUGCGUUUCUUCAAGGGACUGAGCUACCAGUUGCUCAGUCCUUUGGUUAUCAAAUCGGUCGUGAUCGGUCAGCCGGUAAAGUAAUCAUCGGUAUGAAGAUGGACGGAAAGCUACGGUGGAAGAUCGGGACAUUUGUCUCUGGCGCAUACCGGUUUAAUGUGAAUUGUGUUGCAAUCGUGGCUUUUGGACCGAACAUGACCACUUCUCCAUUAGCUUCAAUACAAGGGACUCGUUGCUCUACAACUAUAUGAGAUAUAUAGAAUGAAACAACCAUUUAUAUAACACAAUAGUUUCUUUCACUUGUGCUUAAUCGUUCCUUUUAUUAAACACUGUAUUUCGGUGAUGUUUUUGUGUUGGUACUUCUUGUAUAGCUAUAAACACUGUUUAUAUAAAAUUAUAGUAGUUAGUAUUCUACUCUUCCCCGAUGUAUUAUAACAAAAGCAGAGGAUGUCUCUGGUUAAAAGCAGAGGAGAAUUGAAAUGGCUAUACAAGAGAAAA